UUGUUUGAAUAUUUGGCGUCCACCAUCCACGACGAAGCAUGGUAGAAAGAAAAUGAAAAUAUCUCUACGCAAUAACGCAACUGCAAUUUACAAAUUGGACGAACCAAUCACUGAAUAAUCCUCUGAGAAGCGCCGAGCCAAUCAUCUGCCCCUCCGAUUCCGUCCCCGGAGCCUGUCCUCGAGCGGGAGCUAUGAGCUCAGACGAACGAUCCUCCGUAGCUCAGUUGCUGUCCACCGGCAAUGCCCGGAAUCUGUUCGACUCCGUCGAGGCGUUUCUCUUUGAUUGCGACGGCGUUAUAUGGAAGGGGGGUAAGCUGAUUGAUGGCGUCGCAGAUACGCUUGAAAUGCUUCGGUCUAAGGGAAAGAAGGUGGUUUUUGUCACCAACAAUUCGUCGAAAUCGAGAAGGCAAUACGCGGAGAAGUUCCAUUCCCUUGGAAUCACUGUUUCAGAGGAUGAAAUAUUUUCCUCCUCAUUUGCAGCUGCCAUGUUUUUGAAAGUCAACAAUUUCUCUCCAGAAAAGAAGGUUUAUGUCAUUGGCGAAGAUGGUAUCUUAGAAGAGCUCCAGCUAGCCGGAUUCACAGGUCUUGGUGGUCCAGAAGAUGGCAAAAAAACUGGAGAUCUUUAUGUACAUUAUCCCAUUGACCAUGACAAGAGUGUUGGAGCAGUUGUGGUUGGAGUAGAUCGGUACAUUAAUUAUUACAAGCUUCAGUAUGGUACGCUUUGCGUUCGUGAGAACCCGGGAUGCCUCUUUAUUGCUACUAAUCGCGACGCAGUUGGGCAUUUUACUGAAACACAAGAAUCCCCUGGUGCUGGUUGCAUGGUUGCUGCAAUGUGUGGAUCAACUGAAAAGGAACCCAUCCUUGUCGGAAAACCAUCGACAUUCAUGAUGGAUUUUCUAUUGAAAAAAUUCCAGUUUGGUUGCUCUAAAAUGUGUAUGGUGGGUGAUAGACUGGACACAGACAUUCUUUUUGGACAGAGCGCAGGCUGCAGAACACUUCUUGUUCUCUCAGGGGUGACAACUCAAUCCAUUCUUCAAGACCCCUCCAAUGGUAUUCAACCAGAUUACUACACAGCCAAGGUGUCUGACUUGUUGGAACUAUUGGGACCAUGACGAUGCUACAUCGAAACUCCUAAAUUAUUGGAAGGCUAGUUUCGCUUUAGUCAUCAGUAUCAUUUUUGAAACCAUGCUGAAUAAUUUAUCUUUGAUUCAAGCCAAGACUUAUGUGCUACGGCUGAAAUCCGUUACACCCAAAGGAAGAAGUUGAUGUCAAUUGUUGCUGAGCUAUACUUAGGUUGGCGUCAAUCUUAUUUAAGGUAGCAGCAGUUGAUAAUUGAAUCUAAUUUUUUCUAUUAUUUUUUUCUCGUAUCCCUAGUGAAAAAAGGAAGUCCAUUUUCAAGAAAGAGUCCUUGAUGAUGGAUUGGUGCAGUUAGCCAAGUCAUUUUGUUUUUUUAGAAGACAGCCACUGAAUAAAUCAUAAUGGUGUAUCGUACUCUAUAUGAGUUUCCUCUCAUUUGUUGAUUUACUCUGUGGCCCUAGAAAAAUUUUAAAUGCUGGUAUCAUAUUGAUUUAUUGAGGAUGAUUUAUACA